GAGGUUGAUACAGAGGUGGAGCGUAAAGAGGGGAAAAAAAUACCCAGAGAACAGAUACUCUGUAGAGAAAGACAGUGUCUGGAGAGCUACUGUACUAAUGAGAGCAAACUAAAAGAUAAACAAUGCAGCGUUUCAAAGCGAAAGCAAACGAGCAAAAAGUGACCGGUUGAAAGCCAUUGGAAGCGAUGAAGAGACGCUUCUGAUCAGAUCAGAGCAUGGGAUGUUUUAUUAAGUGUCGGAGUUCUGAAAUGCAUUGAGAAAAACAUAUUAAUCUUUUCAUAUCAAAAACCAAGAGAAGAAAGUAAAGAAAAAAUAUCAGGAAGAACUGUGUCCCCAAAGGAGCAGAGGAAGGUAAAGACAACUUGUUUUUACAGUCCAAAUACUCUUUAUAUUCAGGACUAGUUUUUGCUACUGCACUUUGAAUCUAUAUUUCAAGCCACAUCCAGACAACCCCAAGCUGAAGGCAGCACAUGACAAUCAAUGAACCCCACUUCUCUUGAUGCAGCGCACAUUCAGAUGUCAGCUCCCUGAUCUCUGUUUAUUCCUUACGGCUACGGAUAAAACCUAAACAAAGGGGACAUUCUGCAUAUGUCUCUGCAUACUGAUCACUCACAAAUUGAUCCCUUCGUUGCAGACGUGUCAAGGAAGAACAUUUUCAUCAUUCCGGUCCAUCACCAUUCGCCUACAUCAACACGAAGGCCUGAGAGACACCUCUCAGGAACUCUAUAUUGCUUGUCAUUCUAUUUGGAAUUCCUGGAACCGUAGUGGAUAUUUUGGAACAUUUAGCGUGUCACCUCUGUGGUUCAUUUUUUUUUUUUACCUGUGACCGCUCUGGUAAUGCAGACAAGUGUAAAUGCUCAGGCCUCUCUUAAAACAAGAUGCUUCUUUUGGGUUCAAUCAAUUAAAAAAAUAAAAGCAUCCUCUUCUUCAAAAGAGUUUUCCAUGCAGAUCACUUGGAAGGCCAGUCUGUUUGUACUGUGCUAGAUCUGCAAAGCUUUCAUCCAUGCAAUAAUAAAGAACAGCCCAUCUGGUUGCCUGCAUAUAAACGGCGUUGGUUUCUCAGUUACUGUACUCAUGAACGCUAGAGCUCACACGAGCUGGUAGUACAGCAAGUGACGGAGCUCCUUUCCCUGGAAAGUUGCUCAUCCAUCAAUGCAUGCUUGUCCUCACAUACUCCAAAGCCUCAAGGCUAUACCAAUCUGCCUCUUCCUAAAACAGCUUGAUUUGAGAUAUAUGAAAUAAACCACUGAACUGUGCUAGCUCAUACUUUCAGAAGGAUUGAUACUACAACAUUGUGAUGGCUUGUGGAUCUCUCUUUUUAAAGUCACUGGUCUCAGAAUUACAUUUCUUGCCUUUCAAAGAGUUCACUGCAUUUUUUCUAGCUUCAGUACAGGUUUUACUGCCCUGGAUGUGAAGUUCUAGCCUUUAUAUUCUAUGUAAUGAAUUUGGGAUGUCAUUUAUCUAAUUAGAUUUGCAGAUUCUAUUUCUGCACAAUGUCCUGAAUUUGUUGUCUUCAAGAUUCACCUGUUUUGAAUAAGCUACCCUAAAAUUUCUCAUUCUUAAAUCCAGAUUUGCAUGAUUUUUAAGAGCAGGACUUGUCGCUAUAAGACCCCAGUCUCCUCUGCAAUGAGCCAGGUUUACUAGCGCCCAGCUGCCAUGCCUGUGCCUGUGAUGGCUGUGAGCAGUGUCAAGUCCUUGUACUGGGAGGUGUUCCCCCCAAUGCCCACCCGUCGGGUUUACUGCACCCCUGUCUACCAGGAUGGUCUGCUGUACGUGUUGGGGGGCUGCAGCGAGACAGGGCUGCCUCUGGACACGGCCGAGGUGCUGGAUGUGGUCACUCAGACCUGGAGCCCCUUGCCCCCCAUCCCCACUGCCCGGGCGGGUGCUGCCGCUGUCUCCUUGGGUAAGAGGCUCCUGGUGAUCGGGGGGAUGGACGCUGAGCAGAGACCCCUGGCUUCUGUGGAGAUCUACAACACAGACGAGGGGAAGUGGGAGAAGAAAGCCGGUGUGGGGCAGCCAUCAAUGGGCAUCAGUGCCGUGGAGAAAGAGGGGGAGGUGUAUGCGCUCGGAGGAAUGGGCUGCGACACGUCUCCCCAGGCCCUUGUUCGAGUCUAUGACCCGGGCAGGGACCAGUGGCAGCCCCUUCCCUCAAUGCCCACUCCCAGGUACGGGGCCUCCUCCUUUCUUCGGGGGAACAAGAUCUAUGUGUUGGGUGGAAGACAAGGGAAACUCCCUGUGACUGCAUUCGAAGCCUUUGACCUGGAAGUGAAAAGCUGGACCCGCUUUCCCAGCAUCCCGAGUCGGCGUGCCUUCGCCAGCUGUGCCAUGGCGGACAAGACUUUCUUCAGCCUGGGGGGGCUCCAGCAGCCGGGACCCCACAACUUCUACUCGCGCCCUCACUUCGUCAGCACCGUCGAGGUGUAUGACACAGAGCUGGGGAUUUGGAACAAGCCCACACGCACACCCCGCAUGAGAGAGAAGCGAGCAGACUUUGUGUCCGGGUAUCUGGGAGGGAGAGUCAUCGCUGUAGGAGGCCUCGGGAACCAGCCCUCGCCCCUGGCGUCAGUGGAGAGUUAUAACCCAGUGAAGAGGAGGUGGGAGUACGUGGCCCCCAUGCCCAGCCCUCGCAGCUCCUGCGCUGGCCUGCAGACUGAGCGACUGCUUUUCCUCAUCGGGGGGGUGGCGCAGGGCCCCAGCGAUGCCGUGGAGGCGCUGUGUGUGCAAGAGAGCGUCUGAGACAGAGUGGGAGGCGUGAAGCAGCAGAGUAUUACCAAAAAACUGACAGCGCUCGGCAUGGAACUCGGUGUACAGCAGAGCAUGGGACUGGAUUUCACCAGCACCGCUGAGGGACUGAGACCAACACAGGACUGGCUUUCACCAGCACCGCUGAGGGACUGACACCAACACAGGACUGGAUUUCACCAGCACCGCUGAGGGACUGAGACCAACACAGGACUGGCUUUCACCAGCACCGCUGAGGGACUGACACCAACACAGGACUGGCUUUCACCAGCACCGCUGAGGGACUGACACCAACACAGGACUGGCUUUAACCAGCACCGCUGAGGGACUGACACCAACACAGGACUGGCUUUAACCAGCACCGCUGAGGGACUGACACCAACACAGGACUGGCUUUCACCAGCACCGCUGAGGGACUGACACCAAGCUGAGAUGGGUCUGGGGUUUAGGUACAGAAAUGAAAAGUGCAAAAAGAUGAAAACAUUUUUUUUUUGCAUAAAUUACAGGGUUUAGCAUAAGGGACUCCAUUAGUUACACAUGGGUGUCAAAAAGACGGAAGAAAUGAACAACCAAACCUGGUCUAUUUGAUGGACUUGAUGGUAGAAAUAAGGAGUUGCCAGAACAAAGGGUUGUGAAUUUAAAUGCUUAUUUAUUAAGUGACCUAUAUUUAAAGAACAUACAAUACAAAAAAAAUUACGAACGAGAGGAGGCCAUUCAGCCCACCAGUGCUCAUCCGUUUCCCAGUAGCUGAUUGAUCCCACAGCUGUGUCAGGUUGGGUCUUAAACAUGACUAGGUAACCCAUUUCAUACCCUGUGGUUCCCCUGAAGAGUGGUUCUUUCACAACCUAGAAUUUGACAUAAGGAAAACACAGCAUUAAUUAUUCAAUGGGACCUUUAAUUAGAACAAAAUCCUCCAGUCUUUCAAAACUGCCAAGGCUGUAAAGAGAUGAAAAUGUAAGAGAGAUCAGAUAACAUUUUAUUACAAAUGCAAAAUCCCCCUAAAGUAUACAGCAUACUGUACAAGAACAAAAGAAACACAUGGAUAAAUAGGUAUACACGAUGAUGUAAAGUGGAUCCAAUAGAAAAGAACACAGCACUCUUUAUGAAGGCUUUUCAGACGGUUAGACUCAUAGCUGCUGAAUGCAACACAAGGCUUGUUUAUUACAGAUAGAAUGGGAUUAUGAGAUAUAACAUUAAAUGACAUCAUUAACAACCGUUCAGAUUCAAAUAAACACACAGAGGUACCUUGCCAUCAAGUAUCUAUUCAGCUUUUCACAGUUGCCUAUUAUAUCUUGCACUCAAUGAGAUGCUGGUGUUAAGUAGAGAGUAGAGUAGUAAGAAUAGUUUGAUAUUAUUACUCUUAAACGUGGGCAUUAAUUCAUGAACAAACCUGGGGAGAGGUUUGCAUUUUCAGAUGACAGUGUAAAGUUUAAAACAGUUCUAAAAACAAUGGUAAACAGUUUUGUGGACAGCGAAUUGGUUUGAUUAAUCAAAAUGGUCUUUUAAAAAAAAAGUUCUUAACACAUUGUGAAUGGGGCCCCACAGAUGUUGCACAGUUAUGAAAGAAACAAAAGUGUUUUGAUUUUAAAACAUGAUAUCUGAUACUACUUUAGGUCAAAGAGAGUGCUCGGUUAAUCUGCCUUAUUUUCAGGAUAUCUGGUUCACUUCACUUCCUGAGUCCUUUCACAUGGGCAGGGUCUUAAGGGUCAAAACAUAGUACUGGCUGAAAGCAUGUCAGUCAACAGGGGAAGUGGCUGGUUGGUUACUAACCGGAAAAGAAUCACUGAAGGGGUGGGGAGAAUUUCACCUUCCGGGUGAGAAAGCAAGUGCAACACUAACUAAAAGCAUUGCUUGCAAAAAGCAAUUUCUUGAACCAAGUUCAGUACGAGAUAGCAUGUUUUAAAAUAAAAAUCCAUGUUUACUAUAAUAUAUUCCUUUCAAAACUGGAAUAAAAAGGAUCACAGUCCACUUCUGUUUCUUGUGUAGCAGGCAAAGGAAGCAGGGUCUCUUCAAAAUGGUUCUCUGUUAAAUUUCUCAAAGCAAACUGACGGCUCUGAAUCAAAGCAUAAUUGAUGCGGUAUUAAAGCAGCACUUGUGCAGUCAACUGAACAUUUCUCGUUUGAACGCACUAGCCUAAUACAGCAGUGACACCAGAUCCACAAAAGCUCUCUGGUGCAGUCUACUGGAAAUGGUAUGUACAGUAAUCCGUCGCGUAUCUGACUGCGGUGGGACCAGAGUAAGGGCGGAUAUGUAGUCGGAUGAAUGAAUCCUGUUUUAAAUACCAUUAUACAUAGCUGUAACAAUUACUAUAGUCACACAAUUAUUGUUUUGAGAGUCAGCUUUUAAAUCCCUUGUUUAGAAAGAUACAGGGUAUUAAUGCUUAUGACGGAGUAGCCGUCUGGCAUGUGGGUGCGUGCAUUGGCUGCUGAGCGACAGGCAGGCGAUCGAGACUUGAAGUUGAUAUGCCCUGCAGGCGAACAGGAUUUAUUUACAUAACAACACACUGAACAGCUCACGUGACACUACCAGCAAUGGCAGCGCACGGAGCACAUGCAACACAGUGUACGAAAACUUUGUUAGGAUCGACAAUCUCUGAACUAAUCUUUUCUGUUCAAUAAUAAACUAACGUUGCUGAAGAUGUUGAUCAUGGCGGAUAAAUGGUUGGGGCAGGUAUGUGACGGGCAGAUACACGAUGGAUUACUGUAUCAAGUUUUAAAUAAAAGCCUCACUGCUCCAAUACCGCGUCAGAGUUGAACUUGAGUUGACAAUUUAUUAAUACAGUGCCACCACUACAGAGAAAUACGUGUACAGUAUGUGUUAAAUGUGUGCCUACUAUAAUAGAAACAUUAUUCUCUGGUAAGUGCACCUUUUUUAAUACAGUAUGUAUAAUGCUGUCAAAAUCCAAAACAGGGUAACUAUCACUUAUUUCAGUUAUGGAGAAGGGUUUACCAUAUUCCAUCCUACAAAUUAUAAUAAAUCAUUUAGAUGUUUAUUGUGGGUUUGUCUAGACAGACAAUCUGUUGAGCCCCAAAGGGCUUUUUCAAAUAGAAAUUUGAAAAUACUAAUGUGGCAUUGUCAUGCUGUGUUGAUAUAGUUCUGUAUAAAUAACAAGGUUUACAUUUGAAUUAAAGUCUUGUUUAUCGAGGUUGAUUUGUAUAGGAUAGUGAAUGUAUAGAUUCAGAUACUUCUAUUUUUAUUACAUAGUAUUUUAUUUUAUUUGUAACUUGUUUUAAAACACGUGUAGAAUAAGUCAUGGCAAGUAUAUAUACUGUAUAAAAAGAGUGACUGUAGCGAUAUUGUGGUUGUUUAGGUUCUAAGACACCCCUAACCUUGGUUCCUAAGUGGAUUAUGAAAAACAACCAACACUUUCAGCUCUUUGGAGCAGUGCACUGUAUUUAUCUACAGCUUUACACUUGUCUAAAAGGGUCUGGUUGCCGAUUCAAGUGAUUUUGUUACAUGGUUAUAUUACUAUUGUUUGUGAUUUCAAGUAUGAUAUGGUAUAUUAUAUAUUUAUUUCUUGUUCCUUCACAAAUACAGGCACAUAUGCCUAAUUAGUGGAAGAUA